AUGGAAGUCAACAUCUCCUCCCAGUGCAGUGCCCCUCCAUCUCUCGCAAAAGAUGUGGUGAAUGUUGGAGUCCUAGGAAUCCCAGCAGGGCUGCAGCAGUACCGAGCCUCCAUUAAACCCCUGAUGGGCUAUGGAGAGAGCCAAUCUAAUCUAGAGGACGGCACCCAUUCCCCCCACAGGCGGAAGAGUAGGAAGUAUGCUGACGGUCAGCUUCCCCCAAUGGGAACCAAAAUCCCGCCUAGUUCCCCUCACAGACUCAGUGAAGUCAGGAUGUUUGAUGGCGGACAAAUCAUCGGAGGUGUGGGCCUCGUGUCUCCUGAGAAGAAGUCACUGAUUCGCCAGUCCCUGGGGCAGGACGCUACACUAGAGAUUAUAAGCAGAAGAAGAGGCAGUGGAUCCUCAUCCUCCACCUCAUCUGUUUUUGCUGACAGUCCUCUCGGACAAACUGAGAGACUGUUUCAGGGCCAUAUGAAUGCCAGCAAUGCCCAAAGUGAGAGAAUCAAAGCCAUGGAGGAGCAGAUAGCCAGUCUAGCAGGGCUAGUGCACCACGCUUUGUCCAUAGGACCAGGAGACAAGGAU